UCAAAAACCCUCCCACCAUCUUUAAUUAGGGCUUCUCCAAUCUCCAAUAUAUACACACAUCACACUCACCAACGCUAACCAUUUCCUAUCAAUCUUGAAUUUCUUUCUCUAGCUGCACCAUUCCAAGUCGCGAUUGAAUGGCUUUGCCGAAUCAGCAGACUGUGGAUUACCCUAGCUUCAAGCUUGUGAUUGUUGGAGAUGGUGGAACUGGAAAAACUACAUUUGUGAAGAGGCAUCUCACUGGUGAAUUCGAGAAGAAAUAUGAACCAACAAUCGGUGUGGAGGUUCAUCCAUUGGAUUUCUUCACCAACUGUGGGAAAAUCCGAUUUUAUUGCUGGGACACUGCUGGUCAAGAGAAAUUUGGUGGGCUUAGGGAUGGAUACUACAUCCAUGGACAAUGUGCCAUCAUUAUGUUUGAUGUGACAGCUCGAUUGACUUACAAGAAUGUUCCAACUUGGCAUCGUGAUCUCUGCCGGGUCUGUGAAAAUAUCCCAAUUGUGCUGUGUGGGAACAAAGUUGAUGUUAAGAACAGGCAGGUGAAAGCAAAACAAGUUACAUUCCAUAGGAAGAAGAACUUGCAGUACUAUGAAAUCUCAGCUAAGAGUAACUACAACUUCGAGAAGCCUUUCUUGUACCUGGCCAGGAAGCUUGCUGGUGAUUCUUCCCUACACUUUGUUGAGUCACCGGCCCUGGCUCCUCCUGAGGUUCAAAUUGAUUUAGCUGCCCAGCAACUGCAUGAACAAGAACUUGCUCGGGCAGCUAACGAGCCUCUUCCUGAUGAUGAUGAUGAGUCCUUUGACUAAGAAGGAUAGCUCCCAAUUUUUCCAUUUGCGCUUGUUGGGGUUCGUGUGAGGGUUUCGUUACUUGAGUUUGAGGGGGUUCUAAUGGAGAUGUAGAUUCUCUUUAACUGCUUCUGGUGGAUCGUUAAUUUCAUAUGGUAGUGAGAAGAUACUUUUUUAUCUUCUGAAAUAUGUCAGGGUAUUAUUUGUUAUCAACUUGGCUUUCAGAUGAGUAAUUGAUAUAAAUAUUUGCCGUG